AUGAACGGCUACGGCUCGCCCUACCUGUACGUGGGCGGCCCGGUGGCCCCCCCAACCCGGGCGCCCCUGCAGCGGACGCCCAAGUGCGCGCGCUGCCGCAACCACGGGGUGCUGUCGUGGCUGAAGGGCCACAAGCGCUACUGCCGCUUCAAGGACUGCACCUGCGAGAAGUGCAUCCUCAUCAUCGAGCGGCAGCGCGUCAUGGCCGCCCAGGUGGCGCUGCGCCGCCAGCAGGCCAACGAGAGCCUCGAGAGCCUCAUCCCGGACUCGCUGCGCGCCCUGCCCGCCGCGCCGCCCGCCGCCCCCGCGGCCGCCCCCGCCGACGGGCCCGCCGCAGCCCCGCACCGGCCCCCCGUGGAGCUGGCCGCCGCCGCCGCCCUGCGAUGGGCCGCCGAGCAGCCGGCCGCCGUCCUGCCCGCGCAGCUGGCCAAAGCAGAUAUGACUGAAGACCGGUUGGGUGACACCAGUGGAGUAGACAGCACCGAGACUUACAAUGACAAAGAGGCAGACCAAAGGAGUUCCCCGGACGUGGCAAAGGCCAAGAGCAGUUUCACUCCGGAGAGCCCUGAAAUUGUUUCUGUGGAUGAAGGUGGUUAUGCAGGCCAGAAAAACAGUGGAAGCAGCGACAGCCGGCCGGGGAGCCCCAAGUACCAACCAGAGCAAAAUCACCUCCUGAUUGAAGGUCCAUCAGGAACAGUUUCUCUGCCUUUUGGCUUGAAAGCUAACCGGCCACCUCUGGAAGUGUUAAAAAAAAUCUUCCCCAAUCAAAAACCAACAGUGCUUGAAUUAAUCUUGAAAGGCUGCGGAGGGGACCUGGUGAGUGCAGUUGAGGUCCUUCUAUCUAGCCGGUCCUCGGUAGCUGGUGGAGACCGAACUGCAGAAUCAGAAGGUCUGGUUUUGCCUUCAAACGGCCACCUUUUUGAACACACACUGAGCUCUUACCCUAUUUCUUCCUCCAAAUGGUCUGUCGGCUCUGCCUUUAGAGUCCCAGAUACUCUUAGGUUUUCUGCUGAUACUAGUAAUGUUGUGCCGAAUCCACUGGCUGUUCCGCUACAGCAUCCGUUCCCCCAGCCACCCCGGUAUCCACUGAUGCUGAGGAAUACUUUGGCGAGAAACCAGUCCAGUCCAUUUCUGCCUAAUGAUGUGACCCUGUGGAACACUAUGACGCUGCAGCAACAAUACCAGCUGAGGUCUCAGUACGUCAGCCCUUUCUCAACCAAUUCUACCAGCGUUUUCCGAAGUUCUCCUGUCCUUCCUACACGCCCGUCAGAAGAUCCCCGCAUCUCAAUCCCUGAUGACGGAUGCCCAAUUGUGUCAAAACAGCCUAUUUAUACAGAAGAUGACUAUGACGAACGGUCUGACUCCUCAGACUCUAGAAUACUAAACACAUCUUCCUAG